AUGCAGUGUGUACAGUUAGCUCACCAGGGUCAUAUAGGAAUUGUUGGGACGAAACAGCAGUUACGUACUAAAGUGUGGUGGCCUGGGAUGGACAAAGAAGUGGAGAAGUAUGUGAAAUCGUGUCACGGAUGUCAGAUUACCAGUGCGUUUCCGAAACCGGAACCAAUUAGUCCUACUCCAUUACCAACAGGGCCAUGGCAAGAAUUAGGUAUUGAUAUUCUUGGACCAUUAACAUCUGGACAGUACGUGUUAGUGGUUGUUGAUUAUUACAGCAGAUACUACGAGAUUGAAGUUACCAAGGAUAUUACAAGUGAGAAAAUCAUUGAUUCACUGGAGGGAAUGUUUUGUCGACACGGACUUCCAUUACAAAUAACUUCUGAUAAUGGACCCCAGUUCAGAUCUAAGUUAUUCAAGGAUUACUUGACAGAUAACUGUAUCAAGCACCGAGCAGUUACGCCGUUACAUCCGUCAGCUAAUGGAGAGGUAGAACGACAAAACAGAUCGCUGAUGAAAAGAAUUCGGAUUGCACAAGCCGAGUCUAAGAAUUGGAAGACCGAAAUCCGAAAAUAUCUAUUUGCAUACAGAACGAUUCCUCAUACUACGACAGGAGUACCACCUGCCGAGUUGGUGUUCCGUCGGAAGCUGAGAACAAAGCUACCGCAAGUGGAAAAUCUACAAGAACACGACUAUGAUGAGGGAGUGCGCGAUAAGGAUGCGUAUUCUAAAUACAGGAACAAGCUUUACAUCGACGAGAAACGUGGUGCAGUGGAUUGUGAUUUAGAGCUAGGAGAUUCGGUCCUCUUGAAGAAAGCGGUCAAGGACAAAAUGGAUACACCGUAUCAUGCUGUGCCUUAUCAACUUGUACAGAAAACGGGAAACAGUUGUGUCGUAAAAUCGCCGGAGGGAGUGUUAGUGAAGCGAAAUAGUGAAUUCGUGAAAAAAUAUCAGGAACCGGAAAGUGUGUCCGAUAUUCCAGAGAGUCUGAGUGAUCUUAGUGAACCGAGUGUUGAGUCUAGUGCUAAUAGUGAUGAUGUUCCAUCCGCGGCUCCAGUAACUCCGAGCGUUAGAAGGUCAACCCGUAUAAGGAAACUACCGCAACGCCUUAAGGACUUUGAACUGUGA